AUGGAACCAGCUGCUGGAGAACAUCAAUCGCGGAGCCGUGUUCGUACGCCCCGAGCAUCCAGUCCGUUGCAUCCGAGCAAUUUUGAAGAUCGUUUGGCAUCUCUCGAGACUGAAGAAGAGUUCCGAGCAUCGUUGGAAAAGUGCCCCAAGGGAGGCGAUUCAUUGGAAAGAAACCCUCCUCCGAAAGAGGUGGAGGAGAUAACAGCAAAGCCACCAGAACAAAAACUGCCACCGCGUACACCCGGCAUCGUUUGGCAUCUCUCGAGACUGAAGAAGAGUUCCGAGCAUCGUUAG